UGCUUUUUACAACGGUUUUCUACAUUGAACGAUAUUGUUCUUUCACAUUGUUUGGGAGUAUCUGAUUGACGGCUUGAUCUUUCCCUGUAUACGACUUACGACUUCCGUUUGAAGACCGUAACGACCAACGGCUACUAAGCCUAUCGUACGAAGAAAGAGACCAUCCUACACACAACUCACACAACUCACACAACUCACACAACUCACACAACAUGUUCUCAAGAAGCACACUACUCCAAGCUGCGGCUCUCAUACCCUUACUCUAUACACCCGCCUCUGCACAAAAUGCCUGCAAUAACUCGCCCGAUCUAUGCACGCGGCCAUACAACAAUAUCACCUACCUAGGCGCACACAACUCACCCUUCCUCCGCAACAAAGAGACAUCCUUCUCCACAUCCGGAAACCACUACUACAACACAACAAUCCAACUCGACGCCGGCGUGCGCCUCCUCACAGGCCAAGUCCACAAAUCCAACGACAGCGGUAACGCAGCCUGGCACCUCUGCCACAGCAGCUGCGACCUGCUCGACGCCGGCACCCUAGAAAGUUGGCUCGGCGAGAUAAAAACGUGGAUGGACGCCAACACAAACGACGUCGUAACGCUCAUUCUCGUAAACUCGGACAACGCCUCGCCCUCCGACCUCGGCGGUGUCUUCUCCUCCUCGGGCCUCGACAAGCUCGCCUACAGCCCGCCAGACCAAACCACCGUACCACAAACAUGGCCUACGCUCGACACGCUCAUCGGCAAUAACACGCGCCUCAUGUCCUUCGUCGCCAGCCUGGAUGAGCCCUCAGCGGAAUUUCCAUACCUUAUGGACCAGUUCACCUAUGUGUUCGAAAACGACUUUGAAAACAUCUCCCCCUCGAACUACUCCUGCAACCCGUCUCGUCCCUCAGCCGUCGCUGGAAACCCUUCCACAGCCCUCGAAUCCGGUCGCAUGUUCCUGCAAAACCACUUCUUGUACGAGACACAGUUGUUUGGUAUUCAGUCGCCCAACGAGACGUAUGCGAAUGUAACGAAUGCGGAAACGGGCUUUGGCAGCUUGGGUGAGGCGGUGCAGGAAUGCACGACUGUUUAUGGAAAGCCUGCGAGCUUUGUCAUGGUAGAUUUCUUCAACGUGGGACCUGCGAUUGCGAGUGUAGAUCGUGCGAAUGGUGUCUCCGGUGCGCAGGGGAGGAAGCAACUGAGUACAGAGCCGCUGGUGCAGAGCACGGGUGCUGGUGUUAAGGAGAGUGGAAGUCUACUGGCUGUCGUCUUGGCGGUCGGUGUUGCUGUCCUGUUCGGAGCGUAAAGUUGGGAUUAGAAGUACGGCAUCUUGGAUUACCUGCAUGGCGACGGCGUUUUGGUCUUUGGAUCCUGAGCUUUGACUCGGAUAUGGGUUAUACUGGGUGGCAUGGUUUUGACAUCGUUCUGGGACAGAACGAUUGAGGCGGCGCUUAUCACACUUUGCUACGUCUGGAUAUGUGGUUUAAGUAGAGAUAGAUAUGAUCUUACGAUUGAAUACGAUUCAUCAACCUAGUUACACAA